UAUCGAUUUACGAACCCCUGGAACUGAACACUAAGCUAUCCAAUGGAACGCGAAGCGAUGAGCAAACCGAGCUACUAUAACUACAACUACGAGUACUGUGUGUUAUGUGUUCCACCAUGUUUAUAUUAUAAAUCGGCGUUUGGUGAUUUAGAACAGUGAAAAGUGUAUAAUUUUAAACAAUUUUAACUUAAUUUUAAAUAUUAUUCAGUGUGUGAAAUACAUUCGGUGUUUUAGUGCUUGAAAGUUUUACAUCUGGAACACUUUACCAUAUCCGCACAACUCUUUCUACGGAAUAAUACAGGUAAGAGAAACGUAUUGCAAUACAGAUGGUGCCUGAUGGGAUUUGAAUUACGUUGAGAUUAGAUUCCGAGCCGAAUGUAAUCGCAUGGUUAUCGUACUUUGAAAACGUUUUUCAUUUAAUUUGGGUGAUGGCGAAACGACUGUUCUUCCUUACUUGCUCUCUAUGCGACGAAACACUGGGCACCGGACCAAAGGAGAAUCGCAACGAUGCUAGUCUGGUGAAAUCGAAAACAUGUGGCCAUCUUUACCAUGAUAACUGCGCUUACCAAAUUACGCACGAAACAAUCGACUUCAAUGGUGAAACCGAGACUACAGCCACCGCUUCGAAGUGUUAUUAUCCCGAUUGCGAGUCGUUGCUGACCGGAGAUCACGGAUUUGAGCCAUGCAGUGCGAAAAUAAGCGAUGACGUGAUUUUCCCAGGAGUUUCUGAUGCCGACCCUCUAUCGUUAUGCGACGAAUUGAAACUGAAAAAUGAAAAAAUCAAAUUACUCGAGUUCGAAAUCGCUAAUCUCAAGGUGAUGCUGGAGAUGUGCAAGAAAACAACGUCUGCGAAUAACAAAACAGCGCCUACGAACCCAGGAACAACGCCUACAUACAAGAAAACAGCGCCUACAAACAAGGGACCUGCGCCUACAAACAAGGGAACGGCGCCCACGUUCAUGAAACCAGGCCCCACUUACAAGGGAACAGCACCCAAACCUACAGCUGCGUUUUUUCAGCGUCGUGAAGAUUUUAAUCCUGAAACACCUCCAGAAACCAUCGGUAAUAAACGUAAAGUAAACUGGAGGGUAUCAAGUCCUGUGAAGCAGGGAAAAUUCGAUAUUCCAAACCCUCCAAAUAUUCGCCAAAAUUUUUCUGGCCCCAGUUCGAGUCAUUCGUAUUCCCAUUUCGGUGCUGAGAUGGAAAAAGUUGUCGAACCUCACGAAAGGGUACUGAAAAAAGACUUUUUAAAAGACAUCGAAAGUAUAUAUGGGAUUGAUUUAGACGACAUUGCUCCGGUGAUCGAGAAGCCAGCAGAGGAUAGAUUGAAGUACGGGGUAGGCGCUUCUCCUGAAGAAGAACUCGAAUACGCGAAAAAGCACGCGGAGAGAGCCCCAAAGCCAAGCUCCAGCCGAAAGGAUCGUCCGCGUGAACCGAAGUCCGACGAAAGUCCUUUCACUACGGUGCAAACGAUCGAAGGCGAGAAGGUCGUUAACUUUCCGGUGAAUCGCCAUAAUUAUCGUAGUAUUAUCCGAAGUGAUAAGCUGGACGCGAGUCAUUUAAUGCCUCCCAAAAUCAGUCCUCUGUACGAGAAAAAAGAAAAUAUCGAAUACGCGGCUAGAGUAGUGUAUGAUGAAGAACACGAGCUGUAUUUCAUGAAUGGCUACGCUGUCUUCGGCGACGGUAUCGCCUAUGGCAUUAUCCGCGAUCUUGUACUGGGCAUGGAUAACCUGAGAGAAAAUUGGGGUAAAUCCCAAUUCGCCGGAUCCUACAUUCCGGCAGCUAGAUUGAAGACUAAUCUUGAAAAGUAUUUGCCUGAUCUUCCACCGUACAUUAUGCUUUCUAUAGGCACGUAUGAUUUGGCUAAGUACUCCUACGAAUCGGCGGAAAGAAAUAUAAAAGACCUUCUGAGGUUUUUCCAGAAAAAAAGAGUAGCCGGUAUCAUGAUGCUUCCGCCUGUACUGUACCAUAAGUGUCCCGAUAGCAGAAAAAAACUCGCCAGGUUUUUAGAAGAUGAAGCGACUAAUUAUUUCAAUGGUAGGUAUCAGUACAUGCGGUGCAGUGAACCCGUCUUGAAGAAGUGCCCACCGAUUCGCGUCGAUUAUCGUGGUGUUCCGUUUUUGAGAGAGGAAAUACACCUCGAGAUAGCGUUAGGGCUUUUGGAAGCCACAGCGCACGAUAAGGAAUAAAAGUUUAAUAGUUUAAGUGUCAUGAAACAAAAAAACAAGAUCUCGAUCAAUUAAUACGUAAUGUUCGUAAUGUCUUGAUCCCGCAUUUAUUUGUAGUAUUAUUUUCGUAAUGUGAAAUGUACAGUGCUUAAUACAUUGUUAUAAAUU